GAAGGCCAUCCAAAGCUUCCACCAAGCUAUCUUGUUCAUUGUUUUCCUCUCAACUUCAUGGUGCACAUGGGAUGUCUCUCCAACUCUCCGAGGGCACCUUGGUGGUCCUCUCUCAUACGUGCAACUCUUCUACUCUUGUGUCCUUUUGUUCUCUCAUCUCCCCAAUCUCCUGCUAUCCCCAGCACUGCAACCUCCUUGGUGGGGAAUAACAGUGACCACUUAGCUCUCAUUUCAUUCAAGUCCAAUAUAUAUGAUGAUCCAUAUGGGGCUCUGUCCUCCUGGGACAACAAGUCGCUUCAUUUUUGCCAGUGGAAAGGUGUCACAUGUGAUAGUCGGCACCCUGAGAGGGUCAUUGCUCUGGACUUACCCUCCCUUCGCCUGGCCGGCACCAUAUCACCAUCCAUGGCCAACCUCACCUUCCUCAGAAGGCUGAUUCUCCAAGAGAACCGACUCCAUGGAUCCAUCCCGCAGGAUCUUGGCUAUUUGCAUGGGCUGCAACAUCUUAACCUGAGCGUGAAUUCUCUAGGAGGACAAAUUCCAUCCAGUCUUGGAAACUGCAGACAGCUAAUUACACUUGACCUACAAAGCAACCUUCUCAACGGACAAGUGCCCCAUGAGUUGGGAUCACUUCCUCAACUCAUUACCUUGAUCCUCAAUGCGAAUAAGCUUACAGGAGGCAUCCCAACAGCCUUCUCCAACCUCUCCUCUUUGGACUCUCUCGGCUUGUACAACAACAGGAUCACAGGCGGCAUCCCACCUUGGCUAGGGAACUUGUCCUCUCUCACCGCCAUUGAUCUUGGAAGGAACUCUCUGUCAGGAGCCAUUCCACCUUCCUUAUGCCGUCUAACCUCUCUUGUUCACCUCCAUUUAGAAAUCAACCAGUUAUCAGGCAUGAUUCCUCCCUGUCUCUACAAUGUCUCAAGCAUCCGUGCCUUGAUUGUGGGGGUUAACAGUCUUCGAGGGACCAUACCAUCUGACAUAGGUACCACUCUUUUCCAGCUCCAAUAUCUCGACAUGAUCUACAAUCAGUUCACUGGACUUAUCCCUUCUUCAUUAUCCAAUGCUUCUGGACUGUCUAUCAUUCAGUUAGAAAAAAAUGCUCUCUAUGGAAAAAUCCCUCAUAACCUUGGAACCUUAAAGAACCUGUCAGUCCUGGGACUUUUCGAGAACCAACUAGUAGCCAAGGAUGCUGAUGAUUGGGGCUUCCUUGCUGCUCUAACCAAUUGCAGCAAAUUGACAGUCCUAAAUAUCAGAAACAAUAAUCUCGCUGGUGUCUUACCCAAUUCCAUAUCCAACCUCUCGACAGAUAUCCGGGUCCUAAUUUUUUCCAAUAACCAGAUAUCUGGGAGCCUUCCUUCAAAUAUAGAGAACCUGAAAAACCUGAAUGUACUUGACAUGGAUUCAAACCUUCUCACAGGUAAUCUUCCUGCCUCUCUUGGAAAUCUUAAUGCACUGCAGGUCCUGAAUAUGUCUCACAACAAUUUCUCUGGCCAAAUUCCACCUUCACUUGGAAACAUUAGUCAAUUGACUAGGCUCUAUCUAAAAGGAAAUCUACUGAAUGGAAGCAUUCCAGCCCACCUUGGAAACUGCAGGAACUUGCAGUUACUAGAUCUCUCCUAUAAUCAGCUUACAGGCACUAUACCCAUAGAGAUUCUUAGCCUGUCUUCUCUAUCUAUAGGCCUACACUUUUCACACAAUGCAUUACAUGGGUUCUUACCUCCAGAAAUUGGCAACCUGAUAAAUGUCAAUGAGCUCGAUAUUUCUGAGAAUAGAUUGUAUGGUGAAAUCCCUGAUACCAUUGGCAAAUGCGUGGUCCUUGUAUACCUUGAUAUGAGCGGCAAUUUUUUCAAAGGGGUCAUCCCGACAUCAUUGGGCAAUCUAAAAGGCCUUCAAUUUCUGGACCUCUCAGCCAACAGCCUAUCCGGGCAUAUACCAGAAUAUCUCCAAAUGUUUCACUCACUCCAGUUUCUGAAUCUCUCUUUCAACAACCUUGAAGGUGAGGUUCCGCAAGGUGGGGUCUUUGCAAACAUGAGCGCAAUUUCACUUAUUGGAAACCGAAGGAUCUGUGGUGGAAACCAUGAACUGCACCUGCCACCCUGCCCCUCUACCAAACCGCACGGGAAAAUACACAAAGUUGCUAUCUUGGUAAUGAUCAUCAUAGUUGCUAGUGGAGUUCUAGGUGUGACUCUGAUUCUCUUCUUCAUCCUAUACUGGUCUCGAAAGAACAAAAAGAGAUGUCUAUCCAUGGCUACCACGAGAAUAGAACAUACUAGAGUCUCUUAUGCAGAAUUAGUCACAGCAACUGAUAUGUUUUCUUCAGCAAAUCUGAUUGGUGUUGGGAGUUUUGGUUCUGUAUACAAAGGGGUCAUGGAUUGGGAUGAUGAAAAGAUUGUUGCUGUAAAGGUACUGAACCUUCAGCAGCAGGGGGCCUCAUCGAGUUUCAUAGCUGAAUGUGAGGCCUUGAGAAGCAUCCGUCAUCGGAACCUGGUCAAAAUCAUUACUGCAUGCUCUGGUGUUGAUUUUAGAGGUAAUGAUUUCAAAGCAUUGGUUCUUGAAUUUAUGGAGAAUGGAAGCUUGGAACAGUGGCUGCAUCCAAAAGUGAAUGAGCAAAUCCCGAUGAGGAAUUUGAAUUUAGAACAGAGAGUGAGCAUAGCCAUUGAUGUGGCUUCUGCAAUGGAUUACCUUCAUCAUCACAGCCCAGUGCCAAUUGUGCAUUGUGAUCUCAAGCCGAGCAACAUUCUUCUGGAUGAUGACAUGACUGCCCAUGUGAGUGACUUUGGGCUGGCAAAGUUUCUCUCUGAACCUACUAACUCAUUCUCCAUAUCUGCAAGCUUGGUGGCAAUUAAAGGAUCAGUUGGAUAUAUUGCUCCAGAGUACGGUUUGGGAAGCGAAAUAUCAACUCGAGGAGAUGUGUACAGCUAUGGAAUACUUCUCUUGGAGAUGUUUACGGGAAAGAGACCCACUGAUGAAAUCUUUAAUGAAAGCAUAGAUCUUCAUCAAUUUGUUGAGAUGGCCUUUCCUACUCAAAUUAUGAACAUCAUAGAUCCGCAAUUGAUACGAAAGGAAAAGUAUGAAAUUGUCAAUGACAUACGAGAAAGGUUUAAACGAUACAAGAUACUAGAGUGCUUGAUUUCAGUGAUCAGCAUUGGGCUACAAUGUUCCAACAGAUUACCCAAAGAACGAAUGCAUACAGGAGAUAUUGUAAAAAAUUUGACUGCAGCGAGAAAUAUAAUUGACAGGGUCUAAAGUCAUAGAGAAUGGUCCACAAAUAUUGGUAAGACAUUAUGAAAGCUUACAUAAACAUACAUUACAUAGCUGCUGUUACUUCCUUAAGCCGCUUGUUCUUGUUGUUGCUUCCUGUGCUCAUCCCUUUCGACCUGUUUUCAUUUUUUGGUUUGUCUCGUCUUUGCCGCCUGCUUUUGUUUGUGGGUGCUCUCUUUGGGUGCACUGCUAUCACAAGGCCAACAAACAUCGGGAUGAACUAUUCCAUGGAUUUGUAAUGAGUCUUAUCAUAGCUGAACAUGUCCUGUUUUUCCUUGAUAUAUCGCAGAGGGCACUUUGUGAUUUGUAUGCUUUUGUUGA